ACGGCAACGCCCUCAAUCACUUCUGAACUCACACACCCGCCUGACAAGUUGGAGUAGUUAUUACUGACACUGAACGAUGAGCCUGUUCGGCAAGAUCUUAGAUUACGCAGAACGUCUCCCAGAGGGCGUCGAGAGAGCCCGCGAUCAGAUCAUCGGAAUAUUGGACGCCGAUCGUCGCCAUGAUACACCCGAAGAAAAGAUGAACGACGAGAUUCGCGCAGAGAUCAAUGCGAGCCAUAGGUUUGAAAGCUUUGCGGAUCAGAGGACUGAGAACGCGAUCAAGUGGCAUGUAGAUGGGCAUGAUUAUAUGUGGGCCGUGUCAGAGUUGCUCGACAACGCGCGGGAUGUGAUUUUUAUCAUGGAUUGGUGGCUUACGCCAGAACUCCACCUACGACGUCCACCGGCAAAGUAUCCCGAGUGGAGGCUGGACAAGGUCUUGCAGCGCAAGGCCCAACAAGGCGUCAGGAUAUAUGUUAUUGUGUACAAGGAAGUCACGCAAACGAUGUCGAUGAGCUCAAAGCACACCAAAGCUGCUCUGGAAGCGCUCCACCCCAACAUCGCGUGCAUGCGCCACCCUGAUCACAUCGGAAGCAAAGACACCGUGGAGUUUUGGUCCCAUCACGAAAAGGUCGUCGUGGUCGACAACCACUUUGCCUGCAUAGGUGGCUUGGAUUUAUGUUUCGGCCGUUGGGACACGCACAACCAUCCCCUCGCAGACGUCCAUCCAACCGAUUUCUCGCGUACGCUUUUCCCAGGUCAAGACUACAACAACGCUCGUGUGUUGGAUUUCCAGGACGUUGGGAACUACGUCAGUAAUGCCAUUUCGAUAUUGGAAAUACCUAGGAUGCCGUGGCAUGAUGUUCACAUGACGAUAUGUGGUACAGUCGUCCUCGAUAUUUGCCAGCACUUUGUGGAGCGGUGGAAUGAAAUCAAGAAACGCAAGUAUCAGCAUGACGACCGUUUCGAAUGGCUAGCCUUCCCGCACAACGUUUCAGUCUGCCCAAAUGAAGCUGUCGUCCGUCAUCCGCACCGCGAGAAAUGGCAUGAAAUGGGGCGUCGCUUCAGGCAGCGCUUCCAUCUUGGUGAUUACGAAGAAGUCGAACCGCCUUUUACCCCUCCCCCGCACGGAACGUGCCAGGUCCAGGUCGUUCGAAGCGUGUCCGACUGGAGUAAUGGAGUGCUAACGGAGCAUAGCAUUCAGAAUGCCUACAUUCAGCUGAUUCGCGAGGCUAGCCAUUUCAUCUAUAUCGAAAAUCAGUUCUUCAUAUCGAGCACGCGUGAUGAAGGACCCGUUACGAACCAGAUCGCGAAAGCGCUUGUUGAGCGCAUCGUCCAAGCUGCCAGAGACGGACAGAAGUUCAAGGUCAUCGUCGUUAUUCCCGAGCUGCCCGGUUUCGCAGGGAACGUUAAGGAUGAGACCGCGCUGAAGACGAUUAUGGCAGCUCAGUAUCGUACUAUUAAUCGUGGCGGCCACAGCAUCUAUGAAGAGAUUCGUAAAGCGGGCUACGAACCGACGGACUACAUUCGUUUCUACCACUUACGUUCAUAUGACCGUAUCAAUGCCCCACUAGAUACUCUCAUUGCCCAAAUGGAACACAACUCCGGCGUGACGUUCCAUGAAGCCCAAAUCGCUCUAGCCCGGCAAUGGGAAGGUGUGAACUUCCUUACGCAGGAUGCACCUCGGGAAGUGUUUGUCAAGGUUCCCCAAGCGACCAACGAAGGUAUCGUCGUGAGCAACCAAACGCCGGUCAAGCAGGAGAAGGUGCCGGUCCCCGUUUCAUAUGACGCUGCAGUGGAUAUCGUUCGUCGAUUCGAGUCGGGAUCAGACUCCAUCCGAGGGGACGAAAAUGUAGCGGACUCGGUGAGCCAGCAUGCACUGCAAGACAAAACGAGUUUGGAGGACGAGUUGUGGAUGGGCUCGGAAGAGGAAGAGCUGAAUUCUUACGUUUCGGAGUUGCUUUAUAUCCAUUCCAAAGUCAUGAUUGUGGAUGAUAGACGUGUUAUCAUGGGGUCUGCCAAUUUGAAUGAUCGCAGUCAGAAGGGAGAUGGUGACUCGGAAAUCGCCCUCGUGGUUGAAGAUGGGGAUAUGAUUCGUACGACUAUGAAUGGACGACCGUAUAUGGCCGCGCGGUUUGCAGCAACGUUGCGACGGCAACUUUUCAGGGAGCAUCUGGGCCUCAUUCCUCCUCAGAAUGAGAGCUUUGAUGGACAGGUGACGUUGGCUAUGAAACCCGCGCCCGACCCACACGACGAUGAGACGGAGCUUCCUGAGGAUGAAGCGGUGGCUGAUCCCCUUGCAGAAGAGACGCUGAAUCUGUGGAACGGUACGGCACGCAGGAACCGUGAGAUAUUUACAGAGCUAUUCCGACCGGUUCCUUCCAACCUUGUCCAAACGUGGUCUGCGUAUGAGAGCUAUGUUCCAAAAGUGAAAACUGGACAUGUUGCGCCGGGGAUUGGGCUGCGUCGUGUCAAGGAACGGCUGGCUCAGGUCAAGGGUUCGCUGGUGGAGGCACCUAUCGAUUUCUUGAUUGGUGAGAAGGACUUGGUCGAGGGGGUGGAUUGGUUGGGACUGAAUCCCACGUUGCCCAUCUACAUCUAGGGGAGCAUCUUAGACUAGGUUCCCAAGUAUCGCCGUACUGUUGUAUUUUGGUUUGCUGUGUAUAUGAAGUAUUAGGGUCG